AUGCCCGCCAGUGCACAAGGCCCGCCCGCCUCUAGCCCAGGCGCACUAGCGAAGGCAGGCAGUCUGGCAGACAGAGCCGCGGAAGCCGCUCGCCCGCCUGACAGAGCUCGCUCGUCGCUCCCAAUGGGAGGAUUUAUGAGCAAGCUCCGCCCCCCGCAGCCCGCCCCCGAUCCGUGGGCCAGGCGCCGGCGCCCACCCGCGCGCACGGCCUUCCUCGCAAGCCCCAACCGCCCGUUUUACUUGUAUGAGCAGUUUUUCAAUUUCCCCCUCAACGUUGUUGAAUCCAUUGCAGGGACAGCUGUUAAGGACUGUGGGACUUCAUCACACCCGUUUGGCAUAACACCUCGAAGACGAUACCCAAUCCAGCAGGCCCCGUAUUCCCGUGUGCUUCCCACGCUGCGCUGGAAUGACGGUCACGGGAAGCGUGUGCUGUCUCCUGGUAAUUCCAGAGUGGUGUGCAGGCCUUCGACAGAGAGGAGUGCUCCUCCCAGGAGCAACCUGGCUCGUUUGCCAAUAGCAGCACAAAUCCCUAAGGCCCCAGACCCGUGGUCAAAGGAGGCUGUUCUGCUUGCCCUCGAACAUUGGAAGAGGAGGAAAAGGACAGUGGAGGAGGAGGAAGACCAAACAUCAGCUGCUGGUCGGGAGGGUAAAAGAAGGCGUGGGCCUCUGAAGAGCAGCCUCAGUUCCCAGAGCUCAGAUGGUGAGUUGCAUGAGAGACCCGGCACCUCUGUUGUAAGCUGCUUGAAGGGCACGUGCACAUGUGGCAUCUGUAUGUUCAGCCGCAAUGCCCUUUCCAGUUCCUACAGCUCCACUGGAGGCAUCUCUCAGCUCUGGAAGAGGCGGCGUCCCAGUGCCUCACCCUUCUCCAGCCCAGCCUCAUCCCGCUCGCGGACACCAGAGAGGCCAGCAAAGAAAAUAAGAGAAGAGGACGUUUCUCAGGAAGCUGGCUCUUCAACUCCACCGGUAGACAAGGAGUCCCAGGGUGAACAGGUUUCAGAUACGACCACAUGCAGGGAGCAGAACUCCUGCGAUUCUCCAGCAACACCCAGCACCUCCCGGCCACGCAGACGCAAGUUUCAACUGGUGCCUUCCAGGAAAGGGAUCCCGCUUAUCUUGCCUCCAGCUCCCAUGCUUGCCGGCCCGAUCACGGUUGAAGAUUAUUACCAGGAGGGGCAAGAUAGGUUACGGUGGCUGAUGAGCGUCUUCGAGGAUAAGGCUGAAACGGCCUCGAGCUCUGUCAUGGAGACCGCCCCUGCCACUCCACAGGCUUCUACUCUCGCCGUGCCUGCUGCUUGGACUGCUGCUUCCUCAGCCUCCCCGCCAGCCCCACUGACUAUCCCGCAGUUUCUCCCCAAGUACAUCAUCUUCCUGAAGAACCCGAACCCCCUGGGCCUACCAUCUUUCCCAGCCAGGGUCCCUCCCCGGCCCUCCUCAGACUCCAGGUCCACAGAAACUUUCUUGGGGCUGACCCCUGCCUCUCCCGCAAUACCAGCCUGUGAUGCCACCAAGUCACCACCAGCCUCUCAGGCUGAGACAUCUGACAAACCCCAGGCCACGCCUGCCGCAGGCCCCACCCUGAAGCCCAGUGUUCCAUUUAGAACACCGAGCAGCCCACCUGCUAACCCUUCUGCCUUGGCAGCUCCUGCUCUGUCUUCAGCACGUCCCAUGUUCAAGCCCAUCUUUGUGGCUCCACGUAAAAGUGGGAAUGAGGGUCCUGUGCCAUUCAGCCGUUCCCAUGUCACAACGGUGGCAUCUUCCAGCUCCGUCCCCACCCUGACUACCAGCAGCAUCCCCUCUUUCAGUACUGUUUUUAGCAGCACAGGGCUACCUACAUCUUUGCCCUUGUCAACUCCUUUCUCCUUCAGUCAGACUACUUCAGGCACUAGCACGAAUGCCCCGCUGUUCCCUGGCCAGGCCAGUGUCAGUGUCCCCUCAGCAGCGGCUUGGGGGACCACCACCAGCACAGCCGUGGACUCCAUCCAGAAGCCUGUCUUUGGCUUUGGUGCGAGCAGUGUGACCAGCACUGCGAGCAGCAUGACCAGCUCCACUGCAUCCACUGCCCAGCCUGCUCUCUUUGGUGCCCCUCUUGCCCCUGGGGCCAGCUCUACCCCAGCCAUGGGCUCCAUACUCCAGUUUGGCAAGGCGCUGGCCACACCUGCUCCAACAACAGCCAUGACAUUUGGCCAGUCCCUGCCUGGCGCCGUCCAGACAGCUGCUGGCAGCAGCACCGCCAGUUUUGGUGGCUUCGGUGGCACCCUCAUGACCUCCGAGCCCGUCGCCAGCCAGCCGGCACUGACAUUCAGCAGCACUGCCACCCCAGCCUUCAACAUUCCCUUUGGUUCUGGCACCAGGCCCCCCAUUCCUUCCUAUCCUGAAGUCACCCCACAGCCCAUGUUCUGGGCCACUGACGGAUAGCAGAUGGGAGCUGCCAAGCCAGCCCUGGCCCCCAGCUUCAGCAGCUCCUUUCCUUUUGGAAGAUCAGCAGUUCCGGCCCCACCGUAGCCAGACUUUGGCAGUGCUGUGUGGUCAGGAUUUUGUGGGUUGAAACCCGCAGCCUCCUUUGGCACCCCAUCCUGCACCAAGCCAGUCUUUGGCAGCACCAUAGCUGUUUCCUCCUUUUUUGCAGCCACCACCUCGGGCUUUGGAGCUACGACCCAGUCCACCAGCAGUGGGACCAGUAGCUCAGUGUUUGGCAGCACCCCAUCAUCGCCUUUCGUGUCCGGGGUGUUAGCAGGCCCCACUGGCAGUGGGGGCUUUGGGAUGAGCGUGCCUGCCCCCUGCAGCAUCUCCACCACUGGGGUGUUCGGCUUUGGCGCAGGACAGAGUGGGAGCACUGGCAGCACGGCCCCUUUCUUGGGAGGCUUGAGUCAGAACUCCCUGGGUGCAGCUGGCCAGAGCACACCCUUUCCCUUCCACGUGGCUGGCACACCUCAGAACAUGUCUGUGUUUGCAGGCACAUCCACACCCACCUUUGGUCAGAACACCCCUGCCCCUGUAGUGGGUGCAUCAGGCAGCAGCCUCUCCUCUGGGGCAUCCUCAGCACCUGCCCAGGGCUUUGCUGGACCUGGAACCUCUGCUAUCCUGAUGGCUGUGAGGUGAUACCUUACUGUGGUCCUGAUCUGCAUUUCCCCAAUGACGAGUGAUGUUGAAUGUCUUUUCUUGUGCUUAUUGGCCGUUUGUACAUCCUCUUUGGAGAAAU